AUGGACGACCCGAGAUUGAUUGACAUGGAGCCUGGUGGGGAAAGCACCCAAUAUGAGUCCAUCCGAUUGUACACCGAGCCACCUGACAAGCAAACCGGCCAAAUGGGGAUUGGACAAGCGCAUACUCAGAGCCAGCUUAGUACCAAGGGCGAACCUGCAAGCGAGGCCAAUGGCAGCGGCGAUGAAUACAAGAUGGCGCAGAAACUAGGAAGGGGCGUUGUGAUGGAAUCUGAAGAGGAUUUCGACACACCAGGCGAUGCAGCCACCGCCAAAACGAGGAGACAGCAGGGGUAUGGGCCCGGCUCCAAUGUCGGUGCUUAA